AUGACUCUUCUUCAAGGUUUGGUCCAAGCCAUCAACCAGCAGCCUCAGGCUCAGCAGGCACCGCUGCAGCAGCCACAGUCUAGACUCAGGACUUUCUUGAGCACCCAGCCACCUACCUUUUCUCAGGCAGUAGAGCCAAUGGAGGCAGAUGAUUGGCUAAGGACAAUCGACAGCAAGCUUCGGAUAGCUCAGUGCAAUGGAAGAGAAAAAGUUCUCUUUGCAUCCCACCAACUCAGUGGGCCAGCUCAGGAGUGGUGGACUGCUUACACUGCCGCUCAUGAGGACCCCCAGGAGAUCACCUGGGCAGAAUUCCGAAAUAGUUUCCGCGCUCACCAUGUUCCUACCGGAGAAAUAAAGCUGAAAAGGAAGGAGUUCCUCAGUCUCAAGCAAGGCCCUAUGUCUGUGAGGGAGUACCUCACUAAGUUCACUCAAUUGUCUCGCUAUGCCCCCAGUGAUGUUGACACAGACGAGAAGAAGCAGGACUGUUUUCUUGAAGGUCUAAACACCGGUCUGCAGUAUGCCUUCUUUGCCAACGAGUACCCUAAUUUCCAGAAAUUGGUGGAUAGAGCUUUCAUUUUGGAGAAGAAGCGCCAGAAUCUAGGUGAAGAACGUAAGCGCCAUCUGCAGGGUCAGUCUUCUGGCAGUAACACUCGCCCUCGUUUCAACGCCCCUGCACUGGUCCGAUGUUCCGCCAGGGAGGUUAGAACCAGCCGCAGCAAAACCAGCAGAGGCCGCCGCAGAAGAUGCAAGGUCAGAUUGUAG